CAACCUCGCAGACUGUGGCUGUUGGGCGUCAGACAUCUUCUGGUUCCUGUGAUCUUUAUACGCCAGAAAAACAAUAAAGACCUGGAUUUGUGGGCAGGAAGAGGGUCUGCACCACUGCCUCUUAGAAGAGGCUAAAUGAACACUAGCUACCAGGUUGUGUAAUCCAGUAUCGUCUAUAAGGUUUUCAUAAUGGUGAUUUUAAAAGGCCUCAUCAAUUCUAUCCCUAUGUAAAUGUGGCUUUCUACUAUAUUAAACGAAUAUUACACAUGCCAAGUCUUCAAGAAACAAGCAUGAAUCCAUCUCUUCAAGAAAUCACAGAAGAAAUUUCUCAUUCAAAUCCUCUUCCAGGAUUGUCAGAAAGAAUACUGUUGGAGAAUCCAGACUUUUACAAUGUGUGGAAAGGAAAGAUGUAUAUCCAGGGUAAACUGGUGUGUGACAUUGCACUUCAGUCAUCAACUAACUACAGCAUCCCAGCUCAGCUGCCAGAAAAGCUUGAAAUCAGAGAUGUUAUCAGACUGUCUGAUUUAAGACAAAAGUUACCAGAAGAUAUUUUCGAGAGGCUUGAUUUUUCAGGAAAAGAAGUAUGUUGUGGAGAGGUCUAUUGCAGCCUUUACCAAUUAAGAGCCUCCAAUGUGGUGGGACUUGAGCUUUACAAAUUACAGACUUUGAUGAAAGACAAGGAUCUGGCAGUUGUCAAGUUAUUAAAUGACCAGGGAUUUUUGAUUUUCAUCACAUCUACUUUAGUCAAAGCCAGCAAAGAUUUGCAGCACAGUGACUCCAGCUGCCUCGCCGCUCUCUUUUUAUUCCUCACACAAGGAUACUGGACAGUAAAGAGUCUGAACAAUGGGAAAAAGACAUUCCCACUGAAGAUGUCUCUGUAAAAGUAACCUCUUUUUGCCGGGACCUUCAGUAUGGCGAUCAUGGAAACAAGUCGGACUCUUACGGAACAGGAACUUUUUCCUGAUGCUCUAGAACGUUGAUUUUAAAAAGUUUGCCACACUUCAGAAGAAAAAGGAGGGAUGCCAAGCCAGAUCUAACCACAGAACCUCUGUUGGACACGUCACCUAAAGACCCAGAGAAAAGCGAACUGACAAGUGUAACCAAGGGCAGUUUGCACGCCUGCAGUCUUACAUAUCUUCUCCCAUUGACUAUUGUGUUUCAUUGCAAAAAGCUUCUAACCUCUUAGCAGAAGAUCCACAGCCUUCUGGUGAUGGACAGAUUGGGUCAGAAAUAACUGAUGUAGCACAGUCUACAAUUGAACCGAUUGGGUCAGAAAUAACUGAUGUAGCACAGUCUACACUGCCCACUGAGACUGAAACUGGGGUCAAAGUGGAUGUUCCAAGUGGUUAACUGAAAAUGAACUCUUGCAGGAAAGCACAAAGGCUAUUAUAGGACAGGCUAACCGAGGAAAAGGCUCAAAGAAAGAGAUCGAAGAGAGGAAAGAGGAGACGUGCACACCAGGCUGCAUCUUUAGUGGUG